GGUACCUAUAAAAGGGGCAGACUCCACCAAGGAAGGCAUCAGUUCGUGGCACCUCCUCACCUGACAAGUCAAUUUAAGCACUAGCAUGAAGCUGACCAUUGCCAUUAUCGCGAGCAUCCUGCUCAUCAGCUUGGCCGAUCUUGCCACUGGCUCGUCGUGUGGAUGCACGGAACCAACAACACCAAAGCCAUGCACGACAACACCAGAGCCAUGCUCUCCAACACCAAAGCCAUGCUCUCCAACACCAAAGCCAUGCUCUCCAACAACUCCCAAGACAACAACUGCCGAGCCAACAACUCCCAAGAUAACAACCACUUGCAGCACUGCAAAACCCACCAAGCCGACAAAACCCACCAAGCCGACAAAACCCACCAAGCCGACAGAACCCACCAAGCCGACAAAACCCACCAAGCCGACAGAACCCACCAAGCCGACAAAACCCACCAAGCCGACUAAACCCACCAAGCCGACAAAACCCACCAAGCCGACAGAACCCACCAAGCCGACAGAACCCACCAAGCCGACAAAACCCACCAAGCCGACUAAACCCACCAAGCCGACAAAACCCACCAAGAAGCCUUCAUGCGGCUCCUGCGGUCCCGGUGGUGAUGCCUGCCACGGAUGCCCAUCCCAGGAGAAGCUCUGCCAGGAGCUGAUCAACACUGUGCGCAUCCUUGAGCGCAAGAUCCGCCAGUGCGUGUGCGGUCAAAAGGAUUGGACGUUGUAAGGUGGACCAGCCUUACACCCUACUCCCGGUUGUGAUGUGUGAUUUGUGAUUCGAUCCCUGCCAGGCCUUUGGCGGGGACGGCGCUCGCCCUGGACUAUGAUUUCGACCCAAUCGUUAUGUUUUCAUCAAUUCAUGUUGUUUAAGUUGACUUUUUAUAAUAAUAAUAAUAAACCCGUGCGGAAAGCUGUCUUCGGUCGCCUUCCAAUCGUUCAUCCUGUUGCAAAAA